CUCUACGUUCAUAAUUAGAUAUCUUUUUCGAUCGUUUGGGCUGAGCGCUUAUUUCACGACAUCAGUCAACGUAAACAAGCCUUGUGAAUUUCGUUUUUGCCGGUUUGAUUUUAAUUCAAGAGAUCUUUUUUCUAAACAUCGGAACAGACUACUACAAAAAUGCCAUCAUAGUAGUGACAUGCCGCCAUGAUUAAAGAUAUAUGGUACAUCACCCUGAACUGACCAGUACUAGUGAACAUUGAAGGCCUUAUUGUAACCAGGAAAAAAGAAACACAAGCUCAGCGAGAUGCAUUCAAAUGAGGAUGCAAUCCAUGCGUCGAGGAAAGCUGCUGCAACAGCUCUCACGGAAAGACAUCGUGGAGAGUGGAUGGGGGCAGGUGACCCUGAAAGCGCCUCUGUGUUCCAUCAUAUACGAAGCAGAACAAUAGGACACGCUAAGCAGCGGAAGAAGGUUAUCUGUAACCUGACCACCCGUAGACUUCCCCAUGUGCUCUCGGAGAGAGAGGUACACGUUGGAGAAAUUAAUAAGAUAUUUGCUUCAGAAUGGAUUUCAGAUCACCAAGUUGUCCUUGGAACCAAGUGCAAUAGAUUGAUAGCCUUAGACCUGGAUCUCAAUCACCAAGUCUCCAUUCCGAUGCUGCGUAGUCUUCCAAUGCUGCGUAGUCUACCGAGCAGAAAACCAGAGACAUUCCGGUAA